GGGUUUCUCAGUCUCCAGUCUCUGGUUCUCGCAUUUCUGUUCGUAUAUUUGGAAGUCUUCUUCUUCCUUUUAGUUUUUAAUUUGGGGAUUUUCUGCUCCGUCUGCUAUGUAUAAGCGCAGCCCUUAAGAUCGCCUUCCACAGCUAACCAUGGAAGCGUUUCGAGUCAUAGCUGCGCGACACUAAACCCUCCAUUUUUUGGGGUUUCUCUUUAGGGUCUUCCUCUUGAGUUUUCCCCUUUUCCCCCUCCCUGGGUCUUUCUUCACAAGGCAUCUCCUGCAUCCGGAUUCCUAACUUCCUCCAUUUUUUGAGCCCUGGAUUCAAUAGCUCUUGCUGUUUUAUCUUCAGUGGUUUUAACUAAUGGGGGGAGUCUAGAUCCAAUAGCAAUUUCAGAUGCCUUGCCCUCAGGUUUAAAAAUGAUCAGUUACAUGCCUUAACUCGUUUUGAGAGUUAACCUGCCCAAACCCGCUUGACCCGUCCGACUCACUCCGCUCGCCCAACCUGUUCCACCCGCCGAGUAGAAUCUGUCGUUGCUAUAUUUCUUCAAGUGCAUGAUCCUUUCCUCCAUCAACCUCAUUGACAAGCAGUGCAAGCUCUUAGGGAUCUAUUUUGCAGCAAUCAGACUUGUGAACGUGCUUUGCAUCUUCGCCUUUGUUAGCUACUCAUUCAUAGCAAAAACCGAUCAACAUUGUUCUGCGAAAUUGAUCCAAUGGUAAGAAAUGUGGGUACCGGAUUGGAAAGGUAUCUGCAGCUGUAGAACCGUCGUCGUCAAUCAACACCGUUCCGCGAAAUCGAUCCGACGAUGAGAAACUCUCUCGUGAACCUCUGUCCUUCUUCCUUUAAUUUUUUUGGUUCCUCCCUUCCAAUUAGGCUUCAGUGGCCGUUCGGUGAUGAUGAUGACGAUGAAUGAAGUCUCAUCGAAUCUAAGGGUGGCAAUUUUAUCCGCGACCCGCGGAGCUUCACGGAGAUACCCGCUGUGGGGAUGGAGAUUCUCAGAAUAUUCUUACCCGUGGGGCGGGGAUGGAGCUCUCACCUCUCACCGACUCUGCGACUCACCGUGCCUAUAGCCUACUCUACUCUCUCGGUCGACUCACCUUCACAGCCAUACCCUUCAACUCUUGACCUCUCACGGACAGACGGACUCACGAUGCCAUCACUACAGCCCUCGGCCCUUGCUGCCCUGCAAACCGCUCACCUCCAGCUGAGCUCCAAGGCUACUGCUGGGUCGGCUCAGCCAACCUCUCACCGUGGCACCCUACCAUUAGCCCGUCACUGCAUGUCAGCACCGCUCACCUCUAGCUCCUCCAAGGCUGGGUCAUCCUCUUUAUCUUUCUGUUGUCGCGUGGCCUCCUCCUCUGCACUGCCUCAGAUUCUUUUCAAACUCUCCAACUCUAGGUAUCAAUUAGAUGCAGUUUCUAAAGCUACCAUUUUUGUGCUUUGCUUUAGUGAUUCUAACUAGUAUAAUUUAAUUUUUGUGCUUGAGUGCUUUAGUGUUUCUAACUAGUAAUUUUUGUGCUUUAGUGCUUUAGUGUUUCUAAAUUUUGUUAAUUUGGGGUAUUUGUUUUUAUUUCAGGAGGUUAUUUCCUCAACUUGAAAUUAUUGAUCAAGUCUAGCUCAAGUUGCA